AUGGGCUUCAUACCUCUCGAAGAUGUCGAUUAUCAGAAUGCGCCAACGAUUGGAAUUAAAACGGUGCCAGCCGAGACGAAUGGCGACAACCUCAGAGCUUUCCCAAUUACGCAACUUGCUUCUGAGCUGAACAUCCGGACAGGCAUGAAAGAAGAGAUCGUGCUGCUGUCAUGGCUCAUGGUGCUUUUGCGCAGUCGGGAAGAUAGUCAGGUGUCUUUCGACUGGUUUUACAGCGGUGCCAGCGCUGAGCCUGAAUCAGUGAACAAAAUAUCAAUGAAUGAAGUAAUGAAUGGAUUGCAGAGUAAUGUUGCGGAGGUUGCGACAGCGAUCUCGCGGAAUAUCACCGCUGGUACAUCCUCCACACCCGCAUCGCUCAUCCUGAGCACUAGCUCUCUUUUGCGCACAUCCGAAGAAGCUAAAGAUGAAGGUGUUCUUCAUCUCGAAGUCCGCUUCCAAAAUGCCAACCUCGAAAUCCGUCCUGUGUGGCACACCGAGAACAUAUUGCCCUACACAGUGAACCACCACGUUGAGGCGCUGGCCGACACUGUCAGAGUGUGCCUGACGAAUCCCGACGCGACCAUUGAACGGUGUCUUCGGCCGACGGAAAGUGAUCUGAACGAUAUAUGGGGUUGGAACCACGAAUUGCCUCCCACAUACAGCUUUUGCAUGCAAGAUAUGGUCGCCGAGAGAGCUCGCGAAUACCCAGAUAAGGUCGCCAUUGACUCUUGGGACGGUAGUCUAACCUAUGGCCAAAUCGAUCAAUGGUCCACCUCCGUUGCAUCCUCCCUCCGGGAUAUGGGAGUCGAGCUACAUGAUGUUCUUCCCGUGUGCUUCGAAAAGUCCCGAUGGACAAUUAUCGCCGUGCUGGGAGUCAUGAAAGCAGGCGCAACUCUUGCACUCAUGGAUCCAACACUUCCGCUUGCACGCCUUCAAAACAUGGCUGUACAGGUCGGCGCAAAGGGGAUGGUUUCGUCUCGGAAACAGUACGACCUGUCAAUGAAGAUUAUGCCAGAGGGGAAGCACUUCGUCGUUGAGGAAGAUGCCUUCACGAACUUGUCACACUUUUCAUCUCCCCCGGAUUUGCCCGCUGUACCACCCUCCGCCCUCAUGUACAUUAUCUUCACCUCCGGCAGCACGGGUACUCCGAAAGGAGUGAAAAUCUCCCACGAAACAUAUACCAGCAGUGCCAUCCCUCGGGCAAAGGCAGUCGGAUAUACACCAGAAUCAAGGGUACUUGAUUUUGCAUCCUACGCCUUUGACGUCAGCAUCGACAGUAUGCUCCUGACUCUCGGAAACGGCGGGUGCCUUUGCAUUCCAUCCGACGAGGAUCGUUUGAACGACAUUAAUGAAGUUAUCCGAAGAAUGCGAAUCAAUUACGCAGGUCUGACUCCCUCAGUGGGCCGAAUCUUAGAUGCAGAUGUAAUCGCAUCGCUCAGCGGCCUCGGCCUCGGAGGUGAAGCUGUUUCAGCAAGAGACGCCAACAACUGGGGCAGGGAAACCCGAAUCAUCAUUGGUUACGGCCCCUGCGAAUGCACCAUUGGAUGCACAGUCAACAGCAGCGCUGCUACUGGCAGAGAUUACCUUUCCAUCGGCCCAGGCAACGGAGCCGCUAUAUGGAUUGCCGAUCCGAACGAUCACAACGAGCUUGUGCCUGUCGGCGCUGUCGGUGAGCUACUAGUUGAGGGCCCCAUUGUUGGACAGGGCUACCUUAAUGACCCCGACAAGACGGCUGCUUCUUUCAUCAACGACCCCACUUGGUUGGUCGCAGGCCACAAACAAUACGCUGGUCGUCGGGGCCGUCUUUAUAAGACUGGAGAUCUCGGGAGAUACGACCCAGACGGUCUCGGUGGUAUUGUCUUCGUUGGCCGGAAGGAUACCCAGGUCAAAUUGCGCGGACAGCGUGUCGAGUUGGGCGAAAUUGAGAGUCAGCUCAAGGCCGUCCUGCCUUCAGAGGCCAAUGUCAUCGCCGAGGUGAUCAACCCCAAAGAUUAUGGUGGCCAGCCGAUGCUCGUUGCAUUCGUUGCCUUCCAACCAAAGGCUCAUGGCCAGGCUGAGCUGGCCUUGGAAGAGCUCUCAAGCGAGUUGAAUGAUACACUGACAAAAGCCAAUGCGGAGGUGUCCAAGACUUUACCGCGAUACAUGGUGCCGACCACAUACAUCCCGAUCAAUGUUGUGCCAGUGUUGAUCUCAGGGAAGACUGAUCGCAAACAACUCCGAGCAUUUGGCGCAACUGUUGAUUUGCGCCAGCUUGAUCAAGGUGCAGCAAGCACGGCUUCUCGGGAGUUGACCGAGAUUGAGCGACGACUGCGGCAGGCCUGGGCAGAGACACUUAAACUCGAAGCAGGUGCUAUUCGGCCAGAUGACAACUUCUUUGCUCUGGGUGGUGACUCCUUGGCUGCUAUGAGGCUUGUGUCUGUCUGUAGAGCGCAGGGCCUUGAUCUCUCGGUGAUCAGCACAUUUGGAAACCCUACUCUCUCGGCAAUGGCUACCGUGCUUAAGCCUUGCAGCUCCGAGGCACAGGAAGAGAUCCCGGCUUUCUCUUUGAUCUCCCAAUCUGUUGAGAGCGCCCGUCUCGAGGCGGCACAAGCUUGCGGAGUGGACGAAGCAGAUGUGGAGGAUAUAUAUCUCUGCACUCCCACACAAGAAUCACUGUUCACUUUCUCGCUGAAGUCAACGAAGGCGUACAUCGCUCAAAGAGUCGCAUGCAUUCCUUCUCAUAUUGAACUCGAUGCUUGGAAGAAGGCAUGGGAGGAUGUUGUGGCAGCAAGCCCUAUUCUGCGCUCUCGCCUGGCACCUCUCCAAGACCCAGGCCUCCAGCAAAUUGUGCUGAAAGAAGGCAUCACUUGGAGGUACGCCACCGAUCUGGAACAAUAUCUGGAGAACGACCGAAGCGAGAGAAUGAACCUUGGUCAAAGUUUGGCUCGAUACGGCAUUGUCACCAAUGCAAAUGACGACAAGCGCUAUAUGAUAUGGACUGUGCAUCACGUUCUCUAUGACGGAUGGUCAGAGCCAAUAGUGCUUAAGCAAGUCAGCGAUGCCCUGCAGAACCAAUGCGUGGAGAUCCAAACGCAGAUGAGGAACUUCGUCAAGUACGUGCGCGACACAGAUGAGACCGCGAUGCAUGAGUUCUGGCGACGGGAGUUGAAGGGGGCUGUCGGGCCUCAAUUCCCUCGUCUGCCGUCUCGAGACUUCCUGCCAACUCCCAAUGGCCUGAUUGAGCACCAAAUUUCCCUGGAGACAGGUGCCGGAUCACCCUUCACAAUGGCAACAUUGGUCCGCGGCGCAUGGGCCCUCGUCGCAUCCCAAUACACGGGCAGCGAUGACGUCGUGUUCGGCGAGACACUCACCGGUCGUGACAUCCCCCUGCCAGGCGUGGAGAGCAUCGUCGGACCACUGAUCGCAACAAUCCCCAUCCGUAUCCAAGUACGCCGGUCGGGCUCGGUCGAGUCGUACCUACAGACGGUGCAGCAAGCCGUCUUGGCGCGCACACCCUACCAGCACAUGGGAAUGCAGAAUAUCAGAAAGGUCAGCCAGGAUGCCCAGUAUGCAUGUGAAUCUGGUACCGGUCUGGUCAUCCAGCCAGAUCCCGAGUAUGUGGGAAGCGAGCUUGGAUUUGAGCUUGGCGACGUUGUCCGUGAAGCGCUUCAUUUCAACCCAUACCCGCUUAUGGUAGCCUUUGGAAUCCGCAAGGGCGGCCUCCGUGUGUGUGCCAGUUUCGACAGCAGCUUGAUCGAGGGCUCGCAGAUGCAGCGCAUUCUUGCACAACUGGAAACAGCUUGCUUGCAGUUAUCCACUGGUCUUGACAAGCGCAUUGAUGAGAUUUCUUGUCUUCCCGCCGAAGAAGUGGACCAAAUCUGGCAAUGGAACCGGGCGCCUCCUCUGUCUGUGGAACCAUCCUCGGGCAACAUUCGGGCACAUGCGAGCACUAAGCAGGGGUCAGUAUAUCCUCGUGCUGUGGUUCCUUGGGUGUGUGAUGCUCGCAACCCGAGUCUGUUGUCCCCCAUCGGCAGUGUUGCCGGAAGCUCUGCUUGUGCAGGUCGAUCAGGCAAGGUGCAGCCGACAGGCGAUAUGGUUCAGCUUCAGGAUGAUGGCAGUCUGGUGUUUGUUGGCCGAAAGGAGAACGUUGUCCCACUUCAAGGACAUGCCGUGGAUAUCGCGGACCUGGAGUCACAUUUUGCAAAGCAUCUCCCGCCAAACACCCGCGCUGCUGCAUCUGUGUUCCAACCAUUGAGAGAGGGCGCACAGAAAAUGACCGAGCAAGAGCUGGCGAUCUUCAUUGAAAACCAAUCUUCCGAGGAGGACAGCAUCAGAAUCAUGCCCGGGAAAUACGAAAUGAGCGUUGAUCAUGCGACGAUCUGUGAUACUAUCCCAGUCAGCCUUGCUGUCUCGUUGAAGAAGCUUGACAAAUUUAUCCGGGACUCGCUACCAUCUUACAUGGCGCCAUCUGGGUAUGUUGUGGUUGACAAGUUGCCCACUGGACUGGACCAACUUGAUCGCACUUUGCUCAAUCAAUUAGCCUCGAAAAUCCCCCACAGUGUCCUCAACAACCUUCGUUCAGGAUUCAAGGAAGCAUGGACGAAGGGUCUGGCACACACAAACCUCUCCCCAUCAGAGAAGAUCCUGCAAACGGCUUGGGCGAAAAUCCUCCGCCUGAGCCCAGAGCAGAUUGACGUUGACGACAACUUCUUCCGCCUUGGAGGAGAUUCUGUUCUGGCAAUGAAACUGGUUUCCAGCCUCCGCACGCAAGGACAUAGCCUGUCCGUGGCCGACAUCUUCCAACACAUGCGUCUCGGUGAUGCAGCCAAGGUGCUGAAGGUAGACCAAGCGAAGGAAACUAGCCAGCCUUACAAGACUUUCUCGGCACUCAGCAACCUGGAUGUCAAAAUGUUCUUGGCCUCUACCGUCCGUCCCAAGCUUGCCAACCCAGGCUGGCCAAUUCAGGACGUGUCGCCCGCCACAGAUUCCCAAGCACUCGACAUCAGAGGGACAAUCGGAGCGCCACGCACUUCCGUCCAGUACACCAUGAUGUACUUCGAUCAGAAUGUUGAUCGCGAGCGACUUGUACGCGCAUGCACUGUCUUGGUCAAGACUCACGACAUCCUGCGCACUGUGUUCAUCGAGAAUGAAUCCUCUUUCCUCCAAGUGGUACUGGAAGAUGCGAAAAUUCCCGUGGCGAUGCACCAGGAUGUCAAGGAGAUCGAGCAAUACGUCACUGCACUUUGCACAGCAGACAUUGAGUCAAGCUUCGAGCUCGGCUCACCGUUCCUCAAGAUCUUCCAUAUCCAAGCCGACAGCGGAAAACACUGCCUCGUUAUCCGCCUUUCGCAUGCGCAAUACGACGGAGUCUCACUCCCCAGACUCCUCCAAGAUCUAGAAACUCUGUACGCUGGAGGCAAAGUCGUCGAUUUCGAGCCAUUUGCAACAUACAUGGCCCGGGUCUCUGACGGACGCCUCCAAACCCAGGCAAUCCACUACUGGAACGACCUGCUCAAGGACUCAACACUAUCCGUCCUCAAUGGACCCACAGUCCAACCAACAGACAAAGCCAUUUUCCACUCGAAGGCCGUCGAAAGCUUCCAGCCCGUACAGGAAAUCACCACUGCAAACGUGCUAACCGCAGCAUGGGCGCUGGUUCUCGCUCGUCGCCUGCGCACACCCGACGUCACAUUCGGCUCCGUAACCUCAGGCCGAUCGAUCGAUCUUGCAAACGUGGAAAACGUCAUGGGUCCAUGCUACCAGCUCACUCCUGUCAGAGUGAAGUUCCAGUCCCAGUGGACGGCAAUGGAUCUGCUACGCUUUGUGCAGAAGCAGAGCGCUGAAUCUGCGGCGCAUGAUUUCCUCGGGUUCGAGAAGAUCUCGAAGGAGUGUACGCCGUGGUCAUCGGACGCUCGCUCGUUUGAUUCUAUUGUUCAUCACCAGGAUUGGGAUGAAUUCGAUGAUAUGCCUUUUGCUGGGUCUUCUUGUAAGGUUGAUAUUUUGAAUCCCCAUGGGGAUGCUGCUUAUCCCUUGAAGGCUGUUUCAUUUGUACGGGGUGGGAAGAUGCAUGUUGGGUUUGUUGGAAGUGAGACAGAUGCCACAUUUGUUGAUAACAUUCUUGAUGAGUUGGCUGCGGCGGUUCAGGAGUUGUCGGAUUCUCGGUCUGAGUCGUUGGUACUUGUUUGA